UUCGUUUAACUUUUUUUCCUUUAUUUUGCCCAAACAGCAACAAGAUUUCUUUUUUUGGGUGCAACAAGAAGAUUUCACAACACAACAACUCUCUCUCUCUCUCUCUCUCUCUCUCUCUCUCUAUCUAUCUAUAAAUGUAUGUGUACAUAUAGAUUGCUUGUAAUACUCUAAAAACAGGGGAAGCGGUUUCUGGCUCGCCCCUCUCUCUCUCUCUAGAUGGGUACCUGGGUCAGUUCCGGUAUCCAUCUUCUACUGAUUCUCAUUUCUGUUCUUCACCCAGCAAAUGGUGCGCGACAUAAAAAACCAGUAGGAAUAAUCGGUGCGGGAUACGGGUCGGGUGGGUGCGACUUGUUUCAGGGGAGUUGGGUCGUCGACCCGUUCUACCCUCCCUACAACAACGCCACGUGUCCGUUCAUCGAGAAGGAGUUCAAUUGCCAGAAAAACGGCCGGCCCGAUCAAAUCUACCUCAGCUACCGAUGGAAGCCCUUGGACUGCGAUUUACCAAGAUUUGAUGGGCUAGGGUUCCUGAGGAGAUUUCAAGGAAAGUCUAUAAUGUUUGUUGGGGAUUCUUUGAGCAGAGACCAGUGGCAGUCCUUAACAUGCUUGCUCUACACUGCAGCACCUAACCUGCACUACAACCUAACUAGAGUGGGCAUGAUCUCCACAUUCACCAUCAUGGAAUAUGGAAUAAAUGUGUUGCUUGAUCGCAACAUGUUUUUGGUGGAUAUAGUAAGAGAAAGCCAAGGCCGGAUACUGAAACUCGACUCCGUUGAGGAUGGAAAGAAUUGGAUAGGGAUGGACAUGCUAAUCUUCAACACAUGGCAUUGGUGGAACUAUAGAAAUGCUCAUCAACCAUGGGAUUAUAUUCAAGUAGGAAACCAGGUGUUGAAGGACAUGAAUCGGAUGGUUGCGUUUGAGAGGGCCCUUGGCACAUGGGGGGGUUGGGUGGACAACCACAUUGAUCCAUCCAAAACUAGGGUGUUUUUUCAAGGCAUUUCCCCAAAUCAUUACAAUGGCUCGGAUUGGAACGAACCCAAAGCAAACACAUGCCAGGGGGAGACGACGCCGGUUCAAGGUUCAACCUAUCACGGGCAGUAUCCGCCGGCCGUGGACGUGGUUAAGAGGGCGCUAAGCAAGAUUGAAAAUCCCGUUACUUUGCUCGAUAUAACGACCCUGUCGCUACUGCGGAAAGACGGGCAUCCUUCUAUUUACGGGAUGGGGGGUGCGACCGGAUUGGAUUGCACCCAUUGGUGUAUUGCUGGAGUUCCUGAUGCUUGGAACGAAAUACUUUACUAUUUGAUUACUAUUUCCUGAUAUUCUGGGAAAUUUGGGAAUUCUGGGAAAUUCCCAAUUCCCAAUUGAAGUAAAUUCCCAAAUCAUUACAAACUUACAACAGAAUUCACAUUCUGGGAAAUUAUAAUCGAUUCGUAUACUAAUACGGUAGGGUUUGGGAUU